ACGUCACCGCCACCAAACCCCACCCUCACCUCUCCUUACCAAUGCACCGAUUGCCACCGUAUCUUCCGCCGUGCCAAAGAAUUGGCCACUCACCGCCGGGCUCACACCGGCCUUUCCCCCUUCCAAUGUUCCCACUGUGGCAAAACCUUCACCUGGAGCUCCCAUUGGGAACGACACCGACGGACCCACACCGGCGAGCGACCUUACCGAUGCGCCGAAUGCGGCAAAAGCUUCGGUAGAAGCUCACACCUUUACCGGCAUCAACGAGGCCACGCCGGCGGUCGUUCCUACAUCUGUACCUAUUGUGGGAGAAGUUUCGGUAGCACCACGCAUUUCGAGAGGCAUCAAAAAACCCACGUCGGGAGGAGGCCCUAUAAAUGCACGAGGUGCCGGAAGAGUUUCGGCGACGCGCCGGCGUUGGUUCGGCAUCAACGGGGACAUUUGGUGGAAGGGUCGUCGUCGUCGUCGUCGUCGUCGUGGUGUGGUCGUGGGGUGGGGGGAAAAGGGAGGAGGUGUGGGGAUUGUGGGACGGUGUUCUCGUGGAGCUCCCACUGGGAGUGGCAUUGGUGCGGGGAUGGGGGUGGGGGCAACGGUGGAGGCUCCAUGGGCACUGGUGGGAUCUCUGUGGGCAGUGGUGGAAGCUCCAUCUCCAAUGGUGGGACCUCCAGUGGUAGAACUUCCGUGGCCAAUGGUGGGACCUCCAGUGGUAGAACCUCCGUGGCCAAUGGUGGGAUCUCCAGUGGUGGAAGCUCCGUGGCCAAUGGUAGAACUUCCAUCUCCAACGGUGGGAUCUCCAAUGGUGGCAUUUCCCUGGCCGAUGGUGGGAUCUCCAGUGGUGGAACCUCCAUGGCCAGUGGUGGAACCUCCAUCUCCAGUGGUAGAACCUCCAUGGCCAGUGGUGGAACCUCCAUCUCCAGUGGUAGAACCUCCAUGGCCAGUGGUGGAACCUCCAUCUCCAGUGGUGGAACCUCCAUGGCCAAUGGUGGGAUCUCCAGCGGUGGAAGCUCCAUGGCCAGUGGUGGAAGCUCCAUCUCCAGUGGUGGAACCUCCACGGUCAAUGGUGGAACUUCCAUCUCCAAUGGUGGGAUCUGCAACGGUGGCAUCUCCACGGCCAAUGGUGGGAUCUCCAUGGCCAGUGGUGGAACCUCCAUGGCCGAUGGCAGAAAUUCCAUCUCCAAGGGUGGGAUCUCCAGUGGUGGAACCUCCAUCCCCAAUGGUGGAACCUCCAUCCCCAGUGGUGGGAUCUCCAUCCCCAAUGGUGGGAUCUCCAACAGUGGGGUCUCCAUGGCCGAUGGUGGAACCUCCAUCCCCAAUGGUGGGACUUCUAUCACCAAUGGUGGCAUCUCCGAUGCUGGAACCUCCAUCGCCAAUGGUGGAACCUCCAUCGCCAAUGGUGGAACCUCCAUCACCAAUGGCGGAACCUCCAUCGCCGACGACCCCGUUGGCAUCACCAACGACCCCGUAGGCCUCCCCAACGAUGUCCCCAACGCCACCAAACCCUACCGUUGCGCCGACUGUGGCAAAUCCUUUUCUUGGAGCUCACGUUGGGAACGGCACCGGUGCGCCAACGUCACCGCCAUCACCAAUGGUGGAACCUCCAUCGCCAAUGGUGGAACCUCCAACACCAACGACCCCGUUGGCAUCACCGACGACGUCCCCAACGCCACUAAACCCCGGUGUUGUGGUGAUUGUGGGGUGAUGUUCUCAUGGAGCUCCCAUUGCCGGUGCACCAACGUCACCGCCAUCGCCAGUGGUGGAACCUCCGUCGCCGACGACCCCGCUGGCAUCACCGACGACCCCGUAGGCCUCCCCAGCGACGUCCCCAGCGCCGCCAAACCCUACCGUUGUGCCGACUGUGGCAAAUCCUUUUCUUGGAGCUCCCACUGGGAACGGCACCAACGCAUCCACACCGGCGAGCGGCCGUACCGAUGCGGCGAUUGCGGCAAAAGUUUCGGUCGUACCUCUCACCUCUACAGGCACCAAAGGAGCCACCAAGGGGGUCGACCACAUAUUUGUGGGGUCUGCGGGAGGAGCUUUAACAGCACCCUUCAUUUCUUACGGCACCAAAAGGGGCACCGGCAGAACACGGCGAAGCCGCGACGGCGCGCGGCGGCGAUGGUGAAGGUGCCGGAGGAAGAGUGAUGGAUGGUGGAGGAUUGGGGGUCUUAUGGGGUAUUUUAUGGGGUCUGGAGUGUGUUCAGUGGGGUCUUAUGGGGUUCUAUGGGGUCUUUUGUGGGGUCUUAUGGGGUUCAGUGUGUUUAGUGGGAUCUUAUGGGGUCUUAUGGGGUCUUUUGGGGUUCAGUGUAUUUAGCGGGGUCUUAUGGGGUAUUUUAUGGGGUCCGGUGUGUUCAGUGGGGUCUCAUGGGGUCCUAUGGGGUCUUAUGGGGUCCUGUGGGGUCUUUUGCAGGGUCUUAUGGGGUCCAGUGUGUUUAGUGGGGUCCUACAGGGUCAUAUGGGGUCUUAUGGGGUCCUAUGGGGUCUUAUGGGGUUCAGUGUGCUCAGUGGGGUCUUAUGGGGUCAUAUGGGGUCUUAUGGGGUCCAAUGGGGUCUUAUGGGAUCUUUUGUGGGGUCUUAUGGGGUCUUAUGAGGUCCAGUGCAGCCUUAUGAGGUUUUAUGGGGUCUUUUAUAGGGUCUUAUCGGGUUCAGUGGGGGUUUAUGGAGUCUUUUAUAGGGUCUUUUUGGGAUCCGGUGGGGUGUAUGGGGUUUUUAUAGGGUCCUAUGGGGUCUCAUGAGGUCCAAUAGGAUCUUAUGGGGACUUUUAUAGGGUCUUAUGGGGUCCAAUGGGGUCUUAUGGGAUCUUAUAGGGUCCUAUGGGGACCAAGGGGUUCUGUGGGGCCUUAUAGGAUCUAUGGGGCCUUAUAAGGUUCUAUGGGGCCUUAUAGGGUCUCAUGGGGUCUUAUGCACAGAUUUUGGGACAAAGCCUCAUUUUGGGGACAAAAGGAGCAGUUUUGGGGUUUCCACCCCCCCUUUUUUGGGUAUAAUUCAUCAAUUUUUAGUUAAAACCACAUGUGGGGUUGGACGGGGGGGCUGGAGGGGGGGGGCACCGCUUUUUGGGGCCGAUCAGAGCGAUUUUGGGGCUGUGUUUGUUUGGUGAAUAAAAUAGAGAGUAGCCACCUCCAGCCUCUGUGGUUUUUGGGGUGAAAAAGGGUGGUUUUGGGUCUCUAUAAGCGCAUUAGAGCCCCUGGAUCCCCAAUCCUAUAGGGCUGCCCCAUAACAGACCCCAUAAGUGCGUCCCCCAUAUCCCUGCUACCGUAGGGCCACCCCAUACAUCUGUGCCCCUAUAGGGCCACCCCAUAUCCACACCCCUAUAGGGCCGCCCCAUAGCAGACCCCAUAAAUGCCUCCCUCAUCCUCCCCAUAUCCCCUCCCUAAUAGGGCCGCCCUUAUAGGGCUGCCCCAUAUCCCUGCCCCUAAUAGGGCCGCCCAAUGCAGACCCCAUAAAUGCAUCCCCCAUAUCUCUGCCGUUAUAGGGCCACCCCAUACAUCCCCACCUCAAUAGGGCCACCCCAUAUCCCCACCCCUAUAGGGCCGCCCCAUAGCAGACCCCAUAAAUGCGUCCCCCACAUCUCUGCCAUUAUAGGACCGCCCCAUAUCCCCGCCCCUAUCGAACCGCCCCAUAUCCCCGCCCUUAUAGGGCCGCCCCACACCGCCAGGGGGCGGCGGAGGAAGAGGAGGAUAAUGGGGCGGGGGAGGAAGGAGACGCUCGGCCCUAUAUCCGGGGCGGUGCUUCUUUGGGGGUCUUUGGGGC